GAGCCGGUCAUACUGGCCCAGAUACCCUGUUAAAUGCAACCCCCGGGGUUUGCUCUUCUCUCUAAUGAGACCUCUACAGGGCUGCAGAAGACAAGGCAUCAUACUGGGGAUUGUGACCCUCUGCCUGGCUGCUGGGUGGGCUCUACAGACCCAAGGAGGAGUAUCUUUACUAGUCCCGCAACCCAACAUAAACGCCACUGUGGCACAAAAUAUUCUCCUCUCUGUUGAAUAUUCUUGCAAAGGCAUAGUCUCCAUUGAGUGGAAGCAUGUGUCGAGUUGGGGCACCAACAAAAUUGUGGAGUGGAAACCGGGGAGUUAUACUAACAUAUCCAAAAGUUACAAGGACCGAGUGAAUACUUAUGAAAAUGGCUCUAUACAGCUUCUGAAUGUAGGCGUGAGAGAUGCUGGCUAUUAUGUUGUCACCAUAACAGAAGAGUUGGGAACCAACAUCUACGGCACCAUCGUAUUAACUGUCUAUGAGAUUAUCUAUGAAGAUUUACAUUUUGUAGCUGUCUUCUUUGCAUUUCUUACUGCUGUGUCUGCAGUUUUAGUCUGCUGCAUGUGGUUCUGUAAUAAAUCUGUGCAUCUAUUCCAGAAUAAGAGAGACAAGCUUAAAGAAAGAACAGCUGAAGAGAUUGAACUGCAAACCAUUGAGUGUUAGCCAAGAACAUUUCAUAACAAAUAACAUUUCUACCUCAAGAAAAAAUAAUGGUAAAGGAAAGGGGGGGAACCCACAAAAGGUAAAGUUUUUAUACAAUCUUUUUUUAAUAUGACUGAUAUAGAAACUUCCUGACUUGGAAAUAAGACGAACGUCAAUUGGAGAUGGAAUCAGAGCUGUAUGUAUGGAGCCUCUUGCAACUGUGAAGAUUUCAGUUCUACCAUUUACACUGGACAAGGUCAAAGUGAACAGACUGCUUUCUUUGUUGAGCUUGGGCACUAUUUAUGGUCUAUAUAAUAAGAUCUAUAGCCUGUAUCUCUCUCAAAAAAACAAACCGAUCAUACUACUUUGGCUACGUAAUACUGGGAAAUAUAAAGAGGACUUGGUUAGGGUCUUAACAGACAUUUGUUGUGCUAAUAAGUAUCCCAGCUAAUGCAAGUUUCCCAUCACAAAUAGGCAGCAGACUAGACCUCAACAUUCUUUCACAUGUCGUAAUUAUGCAUUAAUGUAUUAAAUUAUUAAUUUAAAAAAAUUAAGGACAGUAUACUGUAUACUACAUAUUAUGCUGCUAUCUUCAGGCAAAAAGAAUUCGCUGAAGCCUCUGAAGACUAUUAUAAUUCAUCAUGAGACAAAAGUGAAUUUGAGCCAAUGACCACAUGGUUGAAGUUCCAUCACUCAGU